UAUAAAUGGAACAAUGGGAUACUUGGCUAGCUAAUGAUAUUUCUGUUUGUAAUAAAAUUAAAAAUGAAAAUAAUAUUAAAGAAACAACAAAUAAAUUGGCAGAAAAUAUUAGAAAUAAUAAAUCAAAUAAUACACAGGAAAUAAAUAAAUCAGAUGAAACAAUAACGACGCCUUUAUGGUCACCAAAAAUUAUAGAAAACCCCAAAAAACUUAAUUGUACAUCAAAAAGUGAUUUGAAUUCAUUUAUUCAAUUAAUUGAAAGGAAGAAACCUUUAGAUGAAAUUUUAAAAAUUGAAAACCUUUCGGAUGAAUUAAAAAAUGAGGCAAUUCUUUGGGAUGAAAAAUUUCCAGACUUGACAAUAUUUGGAAAGGGAAUAAAGAAAAGUUUGGAACAACAAGAAAGAGAUAAUUUAAGAAAAAUAAUUUCAAAAAGAAUUAUUGAAGAACAUUUAAUGCCUGAGGUCUAUGCUUCUCUUAAUACAAGUAAUUCAGUUAAUAAUAAUUCGAAAUCUAGCCAUUCCUUUCUUCCACCAAUAUUGAAUUCUCAAAAGAAAGAGUUGAAUAAAAUGAUAAACAAAAGAUGAACAUUUUACGUUCUAAACACAUUCUAAUCCUUCCUAAAAAGUGGAACUUCUUUUUUAAUAUUCCACAUU